AUGGCACAAGUGUUUACAUCUUCCACUAUACCGCUAAGUUUAGAACGUCAUGAACCACACGGACACCCACAUAUAGAGACAGGAUCAUUGCCACCGCCGCCAAAAGAACCAAUAGAAGAAACAGGCUAUAUAUCUCCAAUUUUCCAUUGUAUGUUAGCAGGUGGGUUUGGUGGAAUGGUUGGUGAUACCGCAAUGCAUUCAUUAGAUACAGUGAAAACUAGACAGCAAGGUUUCCCUCAUAAUGUCAAAUAUAAAAAUAUGAUACCUGCUUAUAGAACAAUACUAAGAGAAGAAGGAUUUUUCCGAGGAUUGUAUGGAGGUUAUACUCCUGCUAUACUUGGAUCAUUCCCUUCAACUGCUGCAUUUUUUGGUACUUAUGAAUAUACCAAACGAAAAAUGAUUAAUGAUCUUCAUAUGAAUGAAACAGUAGCGUAUUUUAUUGCCGGGGUAUUGGGUGAUUUAGCAUCAAGUGUAUUUUAUGUUCCUUCAGAAGUAUUAAAAACAAGAUUACAAUUACAAGGGAAACAUAAUAAUCCUUUCACAAAAGAAUGUGGUUAUAAUUAUAAAAAUUUAAGAAAUGCUGUAUCAACAAUAGCGAAAGUUGAAGGAGCCAAAACAUUUGCAUUUGGAUAUAAAGAAACUUUAUUUAGAGAUUUACCAUUUAGUGCAUUACAAUUUGCAUUUUAUGAAAAAUUCCGUCAAUUAGCAAUUUAUUAUAAUGGAUCAGAUGAUGAUUUACCUGUAUCCCUUGAACUCUUAACUGGGUUCUGUGCCGGUUCAUUAGCAGGAUCAAUGACUACACCUUUGGAUGUCAUUAAGACUCGUAUUCAAACAGCUACCAAUACCAGAGAAUUAUCGGAAUCAAUAUCUCAAAAAUCAAAUAGUUUGGUUAAUUUAUUGAAUAAGAAUGCAACAUUAAGAGCACUUGUAUCGAUAUAUAAACAUGAUGGGAUAUUUGGGGCAUUUUCAGGAGUUGGUCCAAGAUUUAUUUGGACUGGUAUUCAAAGUUCAAUUAUGCUUUUAUUAUAUCAAGUUUCUCUUAGGAAAUUAGACGUGUAUUUAGAUGAUGAUAGGGCAUUACAAGCAUAG